AUGCAUGUUCGGGAGGAACGCACGGUCCCCACGAGCGCGAGCGCACGGCUCAUCCCCGCUACCACCGCUAUAAAAGACGUCGCCCAAACCAGCCUUGCGCUAUUACGACAGUGCCUCUGUGAUUUUUCCCGCCGUUGUAUUUAUUUAAUUCUUCUUAACAAGAUGCAGACGUGGGUGCUGGUGGUUUGUGCAGCCGCUCUCGCGGCUCUGACUGCCGCCCAAAAACCAGGGCGUUUUCUGUCACUGCCCGUACCGCAGAAGUGCGCCAGCAGACCGAAGGAAUUCUCCUACCGUGGCCACAACUACUUCUACACCGGGCAUGUGCCCGCACUGGCUAACAAGAAGUUUGACUGGCUGGACGGACGCAACGUUUGCCGGGAGUAUUGUAUGGACCUAGUUUCGAUGGAAACUCAAGAAGAAAACAAUCUUAUCUUUAAAUUGAUCCAGCAGAACGAUGUACCUUACAUAUGGACGUCUGGCCGACUCUGCGAUUUCAAAGGCUGCGAGACUCGCAAAGAUCUUGAACCCAAAAACAUCUUGGGAUGGUUCUGGUCCGCAAAUAGAGAAAAGAUGUCGCCUACAAAUCAAAUUCCCAACGGCUGGGGAUACAACCCAUGGUCUCAAACGGGUCACAAGAAACAGCGCCAGCCUGAUAACGCCGAAUUCGACAUCAACGGAACAACGGAGUCCUGCUUGAGCAUCCUGAACAAUGUCUACAACGAUGGAAUCGCGUGGCACGACGUCGCAUGCUACCACGAAAAGCCCGUAGUGUGCGAAGACUCAGAGGAGCUUCUCAACUACGUCGCCAGCACCAACCCGGGAAUACGUCUG